CGGACGCGCCCCCGGACGGGCCGGCCUGGGCGGGCCGGGGGCUGCGAGCUGUAGUGCACUGCCGUGUGUGAUCCGCGAGACAUGGGCGCCUGCAAGCGAGCCGAGGCCGAGAAGGAGCAGGGGAGGGCGUGCGCUGAGCGCGAACCCGUCAAUAACUCCGGGUGGUUCGUCGGCAACAUUCGAAGGCCGUUCCUGGAAACGCUGAAGCACACGGACAAGGAGUGUCGCAGGACCUGGCUGUGUUGCGGCGGGAGCGAGUCCGACGCCCCUUCGGAGCAGUACUCCAAGAGCGGCACUGCGUCGGCCAAGGCGGGGGACUUGGAGGCGAACCUCAGACGGAGGAAGCGCGACAGCCCGAGAUGGAGAGGUCUUGUCGCCCUCCUCGCGGCAUGCGUGUUCAGCCUGUGCGGCUCCUGUAUCAUGUGGACCACGGACGCUUUCCACAACUUCGUGGCCAAUCAAAUGGUAUUAGACGAGAAUAAGGGCACUUUUGCGUGGUGGGUGACGCCACCGGUGAAUCCGAUGUUCCGAGUUUACAUCUGGAACUAUUCGAACUGGGAAGAGUUCCAGCAGGACCCCAGCCUCAAGCUUAAACUGGAUGAAAUUGGACCGUUUGCGUACAAGGAAAUUAUUUCUCGAGAGGAUAUCAAGUUCGACGACAAGGGUCUCACGAUUGCCUACAAAGAGGCCAGGAAGUACGAGUAUACGCCGGAGAAGUCCGGUGGUGACCUCAACGCCACCGUCGUGGUGCCGAACCUGCCGUUCUUCGGAGCGAAGGCGAAGUUGGACCUGCUGUGGGGACCAGUCUCCAUGGUGCUGAAGACCCUGCGCAUGGACAGCCCCCUUGUGACCCUCAAGGCCCAAGACUUCAUCUGGGGCUACGACGACGAGCUCUUCCGCAUGUCCAAGCUUCUACCCUCCGAUAACGUCGCCAUGGACAGGGUCGGACUUCUUAACGGGAAACUUCGACCGGAUGACAUAACGAUUCUGACGGGGGCCUCGGACAUCGACAAGCUGUCUUACAUCGUGCGCUACAACAAGAAGGCCAACCUUAACGCCUGGCCCGAGGCAUCGUGCAACUCCUUCGAGGGCUCAGACGGGUCCCUCUUCCCGCCCAGGACGAUCCGCGCUCGGCAGCCCGUGUACGCCUUCAAGCCCGAGGCCUGCCGGCUCGUCAAGUUCGUCCACGAUAAAAACGUCAUGGCGCAGGGCAUUCGCGCGGCACGCUACAUCGUGGACCGGAACGCGUUCAACUCACCACGCACGUUCAAAGACAACCUGUGCUUCUGCAACAAGACGGACUUGAACGAGUGCGCCGCGGACGGCCUCUUCGAUACCAGCCCCUGCACGGGUGCCCCCACCUUCAUCUCGUACCCGCACUUCUACCUGACGGACCCAGCGGUCGCUGCGCCCUUCGAGGGCAUGACGCCCAAUGCGGAGGAGCACGACAUGUCCGCCGACAUCCACCCGCGCCUCGGUAUGACCCUCCAGGGCAGGUCGCGGCUGCAGCUCAACGUGAUGGUCACCAAGGACCUGCCGCACCUGCGGAAGGGCAUGGUGCUCCCCGUCGCCUGGUUUGCUGAGGACCUGCCGCCGUACGAGACCGGCUUCAAGGUGAUGAUCCUCGUGGCCAGCUACCUGCUGGACGCCAUCGAGCUGGUGCUGCUGUACGUGUUGCCCUUCGUCGCGCUCGUCACGGCGGUCGUGAUCGUGCGCCGGCUCCUGCUGCUGCGGCGCGCCGGGACUGCGCUGUGCGCGGCCGACGACCGCGGCGCCUACGAGCGCCCCGUCUCGUACGAGGACGAGGCCGCCGACAAGACCUACUGCAGCUGAGCAGACUACGGCGGCGUCCUGGUGCAGAGGACCACGGCGACGACGACCCCCUGUUCUUUGAACCGCGAAGCACCCCCAAGACCUGACUGGAUGAACCCUUCCAGGACUCAUGCUGGACCCCUCUCGGAGUCUUACAAAGACGUCCCCCGGGGGUUCUGGCGUGCCCCCUCAAGGAUCUCUCCAGGACCUAUCCAGGGCUCCCCCAAGACCCCUACCCUACAGGACCCGGUGAGAUGGGGCGGGCCCACGUGGUCUCCAUGAUGUCGGAGUGCGUACGGGUACCGUUCAGUGAAGUCGCUCUCAGCGCGAGUUUUGUGAUAACCAAAGACUUCCUGCCGGUGAUAGAGCAGUUAUGCUCAAGUUAUUCGGACUUUUUUUUUUCUGUACUACCCACUACCCCACUACCCCCCUAUUAUGCCGUGCCACCGAUAUUUUUUUUCUUUCGACGAGUUGCAGCGCAAGGAUACCUCCCAUGAUGAUGGUACUAUACGGUGAUAACGUGUGCAAUACUCGAUGCGUUCGGAUGUGUUCUUCCGACUCGAACCAUAUUUAUACGUGGCAUUUCAUCUGGCAUGCUACUUCGUACACUUGUUCUUUCCCCUCUCAUCGUCUGAGCAUUGUGGCGGUGGCAGUGGCUUCUUUUCUCGUUGCUCUCGGUUCAGCCACUACCCUCAGAGAAAUGGAGAUAUCGAGACGAAAUUGGACUGAAAUCAGAAAGCUUACGAAUUUUGUGUUGAAUCGAUUACAAUCAAAAUCAAAAAAUGCUGACUUCUCUGAUGAAAUAAUGCGAUCGAAAUCAGAAAAUUGUCGACUUUUGUGUCGAAACGAUUAUAAUCAAGGCCUAAAUUCGACUUAUCUCUGAUAUUGCACAUCGUUUUGAUUUCUUAAGGGGUAUUAUUUUCUCGCGUUUUAGCACAAUGGCUAGGGCCACGGGUCACCGUCUGAUUGAAGUACCGAACAUUCGACACGUGCACUAAAAGUGGUAUGAAAAAUCAGCCGUUUUUCAGUGUGUUGAAGCGAGUAAUAAGCUUCUUUUUAAUAACUUCUGCGACAUACCGCACCGCAUCACCUUGUUUCCCCCUGUUCAAACAACAGCAAUCUGUGAUAUUGGUGUACUUAUUUCACAGCUAAACGUCACCAUGAAUGGAAGAAUGCAUAUUAUUAUGUAUAUUUAAAACAACAAAAGAAAAUAUUAAAA